CUAUAUCACAUCCAAGGUAUUGAUUCGUUCAUACUCCUGCCCGAGCGACUAAGCGCACCUUUCGAACACGACGCGGUGCACCUUUAGCGAACUUUUUACAUAUAACUAAGCCUUGCAUUCUAACCUACGCCAAGCGUUUCAUAACAGGAUAUAAACUAGAAAUCAUGUCUGAUGACAGCGAGGAGUUUCGUUCGGGGAGCGAGAUGGACGAGGAUAGCGAGGCAGAGUACAUGGACGAGGACGAUGAUGAGGACUACGGCUUUGCAGGGGCAGAAGAAGUUUCAACAGCCCCCAAAGUGCCUUACAAGGUCCUUCCUAGGGAUGAACUAGAUAAGCAACGGAAGCGAGCCCUCAGUGAAAUCAUGAGCGUCCUAGAUGUCCCUGAGGACGUUGCGAUGCGCAUGCUUCGGAAGUACAAAUGGGACGUAAGCCGCGUCCAGGAGGAGUGGUUCUCAAAGUACGACCAGGUUCGGCAGUCACUGGGUCUCGUGGACGAGGCACCCACCCCUUCCGGGCGAGAUGAGGAGCGCUGCCUGAUUUGCUUUGACACCUACCCGCUGGUGGAGAUGCGCGCGGCGGCCUGCAAGCACUACUUCUGCAAGGAGUGCUGGCGGGGCUACAUCUCCAACGCGCUCACGUCGGGCCCGACCUGCCUGGACCUGCGCUGCCCAUCCACGGAGUGCACGGGGAAAGCAUGCGUGCCCUCCGCGUUAGUGGUGGAACUGGCCAGUGCGGAGGAGCAGGCCAAGUACAUGGCCUACCUGGUGCGGUCCUACGUGGAGGAUAACCCCAAGAUGGCGUGGUGCACGGGCAAGAACUGCGAGAACGCCAUUCAGUGCCUGGUGGACCGGGAACCCGAUGAGGCGCUGGACGUCAUCUGCACCUGCUCCGCCACCUUCUGCUUCAACUGCAAGCAGGAGGCGCACCGGCCGGUGACGUGCGAAACGGUGAAGAAGUGGAUAACGAAGAACAGCGCGGAGAGCGAAAACAUGAACUGGAUCCUGGCGAACACCAAGCCCUGCCCCAAGUGCAGCCGGCCAAUAGAAAAGAACCAGGGCUGCAUGCACAUGACGUGCAGCCAGUGCCGGUACGAGUUCUGCUGGCUAUGCCAGGGCGACUGGAAGGAGCACGGCGAGCGGACGGGAGGCUUCUACGCCUGCAACCGGUUUGAGACGGCGAAGAAGCGCGGGGAGUACGACGACGAUUCCCGGCGACGCGAAAACGCCAAGGCGUCCCUGGAGCGUUACAUGCACUACUUUGAGCGCUUCGACGCGCACUCGAAGGCGCGGGAAAAGGCCCGCACGGACGCCAGCAAGGUGUCCAAGGACUGGCUGGAGCAGCUGGCGGACAUCACCAAGACGCCCACCUCGCAGCUCAAGUUCAUAAACGAGGCGUGGAACCAGAUCGUCGAGUGCCGACGACAGCUCAAGUGGACGUACGCGUACGGGUACUACGCCUUUGAGAACUACGACCGGAACCAGGAGGUAGCCCGCCACAAGUCCUUCUUCGAGUUCCUGCAGGGUGACGCGGAGAGCGCCCUGGAGCGGCUGCACGAGGCUGCGGAGAAGGACCUGGGCGCGCACGUGCAGCGUGCUCGCUCCCAGGCGGAGGGCGGAUUCGACGCGGAGGCCUUCCAGAACUUCCGCAAGAACCUCAUUGGCCUCACGGACGUGACUGCGGGCUUCUUCGACAAGCUGGUCAAACAGCUGGAAAAGGGCUUCAGCAGCAUGGAGACGGAGUACGCGGGAAAGGUGGAGGACGAGGCGGGUCCCAGCACUUCAGCUGACGUUGAGGACGGCUCCAAGGCCGGCCCCUCGUCGGCCCCGGCGCAGAACGGCAAGGGCCGGCGCGCCAAGAAGGCGCGGGGCGGGGAGGAGGACAUGGACCAGCUCAUCAACGAGCAGGGCUUCUGGGCAUGCAGCAAGUGCACCUACAACAACGAGGACACCACUGCACGCAAAUGUGAGAUAUGCGGGGCGGCGCGGCCUGGGCACGGCAACGCGGGCGGCUCGAAACGAUAGUGCUGCCCGGGGGCCGGUGGGCGUCUGCAUGGUGACGUCAGCCUCUGCUACGACAAGCACGCGGGGGCAGCGUGGUGAGGACAGUGGUGGUGGUGGUGGUGGUGGCGGCGGUAUGGACGGUUGGUCGGCGGGAGGCGUGGAAAGUAGUGUCCGCGGUUAGCAGGUGCGCUGGAAGAGUGCGCCUGCAUCUUGUACAGUGGGUGGAUCCCUGGCCAGCUCGCCUGUUGGGAGGAGUGGCCAGUUGCAGGUUUAUGUUAGGACACGCCGAAACCCCGUGCAUAUUGACGGUCGAGUUGUGUGUCUUAUAGGAUGACUGGCUGACUGGAUGUCAUCGUUUUCUUCCUGCUGCUGUUGACGGGUUAAGAGGGAAAUAGCCUUGUCGAGGUAUGUGAGGAUAGCUUCGUUGGGACAUUUCCUCGUGUUGCCUAAUGGUUCCAUUCGCCCAUGCAGUUGUGUUCAUAGGCAGAUCCACGUGUACAGAAGGCUCUUAUGCCCCAAAAGAUUUGGAGUCGCCAUUGAAUAGAUACCAUGUCGUCGACGGGUGCCGACUUGCUACAGCUAUCGUCACAACGCCUGUUGGUGGUGACUUAAUACAUGCAAAACCAGUGUGGCUGUGGUUGGCGCCGGAUGGCGGCUCUGGAGCCUUGACGCAUGAGGGUUUCAAGACUUGUGUGUGGAUGAGAUGUUGGUCAUGCAUGCAUCGAAGAAACUGCGCAGGAGGAG